UGUUCGACUCGGGCAUGGCCUCUAAAACUGCUCUUCUUGGCGGUUGAGAUGUUCAGCCGCUGCACACAGAGAGAGAUUCAGAGAGAGAGAGAGAGAUUCAGAGAGAGAGAGAUGACUGGUUCUCGUGGAGUGGCGAAGGUGCAGGCGCAGCAGCAGAAAUACAGGAAUCCGUGCUUGACGAUGCAUCAGCCAUGGGCUUCCCUACUCAUUCACGGAAUCAAGCGCAUCGAAGGCAGGUCCUGGCCGUCUCCCAUCCGAGGUCGUCUUUGGAUUCAUGCUGCAGCCAAAGUUCCAGAUCCAGAAACAAUUAGUGCAAUGGAGCUGUUCUACAGAGAAAUUUAUGCAGUUGAUGGAGUAUCGGACCUCAAAUUUCCUGAACAUUAUCCAGUCUCACGCCUUUUAGGUUGUGUUAAUAUAGUUGGCUGUGUUAAAUGUGAAGAAUUGAUCUCUUGGGAAGAAAUACCUGAAGGAGUGCGUCUUGAAGGACAAACAGAAUUUUGCUGGCUUUGUGAACAGCCACAGAAGUUGGUGGUUCCUUUUGAAAUGCGAGGGUUUCAAGGCAUCUACAACCUGGAGAAAAAGAUACUUGAAGGAGCUAUGAGAGGUCUGUUGCAAGUCCAAAGUCCAUUUCCAGUUAGAUUUCCUCUUCCAGAUCCAUCAGAUCCAUUCUCACUGAAGCCAGGAUCACUUGUUUUGCGUGCAAAUGGUACAGAAGCCUCGAAAAUGAAUAGUACCCCAAAUUUGGCUGCUGCCAUAGCUGGUGCACGGGCAGCAGCAACACAGUUUUCAAGAAAUCAUGAAAACAGAGAUAAGGGUGAGUGUAAGACCAACCCUGUCACUGGAGAAGAUGAGCAUGAUCUUGCUGGAACGAGUACAUCCAAUGUUGAGAGUGCUGGUCCUAUGGAGCAGAAAAUGUGCCCACAGGUUAGAAGGACAAGAUCAAGGACUGAUUUGUCUAGCCCUGCUGAUGAAACAAUGUUUGGUGCAGAGAGAGGUCGACGUUCCACUAGAAAGGUUAAUCCAGAUUAUAGUGGUUCUUCAUAUAAGAUUUUUGCAGCAGCUUUGCGAGGGCUCAAUUCGUGAUCGUUGACUACCGGACUGUAAAUGCUGUUGACAGUAAAUCAAUGUAUAAGACUAUAAGUACGCCCUCAAUAAGUAUGCCCUGUUUGCUGGAAUGCGCAUUGGCCUCUGGGGUGCAGUAACCAGAAGAUGAUUUACUCAUUUGUAAUUUAUGUAGAGGAUUCUUCUUGUGCUUCCCUAAUUGUAAUCUCUUUUUCCUAAUUACAAUCCCUUUUAGUCAGCCUGGAUGUCCAACUCAUAUUACUGUGCAUUCUUUCUUCCUUAUA